AUGUCAUUUAUAACCGUUAAAUUUGGUGAUAAUGAAGAAGAGUUGUUUAAUCCGAAUUGUGUUACCGUCAAUUUACUGGAUAACCUGAGAAGAAGAUGCGGUUGUCAAAAAGGAAUAACGGUGGACUUGUCCGAUGAAGAUGGUGAAAUAAAAAAUCUAAACGAAUUCCCAACUCAGUACGCUCACAGAUUCCUGAAAGGAAGGGAAGUGUUUGUUCUCAUCAAAGUUGAAAAAGGCCAAGGUGAUCAGCCUACGACGUACACAGCACUGUUGAAUGAUCUGGAAAGAUCAAACCCUAAACUUCUUGCUCGCUUAGAGACGUUAUCGAAGUCCUGUACUGAUUCCAAACCUAAAUCUGGACAAAGGAAGGAGUCGCUCUGGAACAAUGUUGCAAAAAUACGAAAGCUUCGCGGUGGUAUGCCAAGUGCAGGACGCAACCGAUCAGAAUCCAAUACUAACUCUAGAGGGGAAAAUAAAACUCUUGGCCCCACUCCUUCCCCACCUGGGAAAUUGCGUCAAAGGAAAGUUUCCAAAACUUGA